GUGACCAUAGACGAAGCACAUUGUCUCGCGGCAUGUUUCAUAUUUGUGUUGAACGAAAAGAAAGUUGCUUCAUUGUACAGUAGUUUUAUUAUUAAUACUACUGAACUGGUUUACGCACAAUAUAUCUGUAGGAAGUGCGUCACAUUGACAGAACGCGCUUAUUUACAACGAUAUUUAACCUAGCAGGAGAGUGUUUGAAUGAAGUGUCUUCAUAUCUUCACAGCUCGAAUUUUGUGUUGAUUUUCUAGAUAAUUUAGUUUUCAGCGGGAUUUUAAUUCACCAAACUGAGCUUUUUUCGUAUUCAGCUGGAGUAUAAAUGGCUGGGAUUUUGUUCGAGGAUAUCUUUGAUGUGAAGGAUAUCGAUCCUGAUGGGAAGAAGUUUGACAGAGUGUCUCGUCUUCACUGUGAAAGUGAGUCCUUCAAAAUGGACCUCAUCCUCGACGUCAACAUCCAAAUUUACCCUGUUGAUCUUGGUGACAAGUUCAGACUGGUGAUUGCCAGCACUCUUUAUGAGGACGGGACGCCGGACGAUGGAGAAUACAAUCCUCAAGACGAUCGGCCAUCCAGAGCGGAUCAAUUUGAUUAUGUGAUGUACGGAAAGGUUUAUAGGAUUGAAGGAGAUGAAACAUCUACAGAAGCCGCCACACGACUAUCAGCGUACGUGUCGUAUGGAGGCCUGCUGAUGCGUCUUCAAGGCGAUGCUAAUAAUCUGCACGGGUUUGAAGUGGACAGCAGAGUUUAUCUACUGAUGAAGAAACUAGCGUUCUGAAGCCUACCACUGAGGACGGACACUUUUUUAAUGCUUCUCUUUCAUGACAAACUGUGGCCCAUGGGUAAUAAUCUCAAAAUAUCUGCUCAUCAUUUGAAAAAAAAUGACUUGAUAAAGGUUUUGCAUCUCAUUAUUUACAUCUGAGUCAUGUGACAUUCUGCCUGUUUAUUUUUUUAUCAGUAAAAAUGAGAUUGUGUUUACUAGUAA